CUCCUGGUGGUACCCAUGGAUGGAAGCCACUGGCUUAGCAUGCGGCAAGUUGUUGAAAAGCUCGUCGAAAAAGGACACGAAGUGGUGGUGCUUGCACCAGAAGUUACCUGGGAGGUAAAGAAGACGCAGACGUACAUGCUGAAAACAUACCCAGUGUCUUACACAUUACAGGACCAGAAUAAUGCCUUUCGUGAGUACGUUGCCGUUCACCUGAACGACCUGCCUUACCCGCUGAACACUCUAUUAAUAUACAACACCUCAAUGCACCUUUUCCAUAUGUUCUAUGCUCAGUGCAAGGACCUGUUCAAAAGCAAGGAGACCCUGCAGUUCUUGAACCAGAGUGGCUUCGAUGCUGUCAUAACAGACCCCAUUUUUAUGUGCGGAGCGACAGUUGCUAAUUAUGUGUCUGUUCCAUUUGUGUUCUUCAUGAGAGGACUUGCUUGCGACUUACACUAUAAAGCAUCGCAGUGCCCCGGCCCUAU